AUUCAUUGGUCCUGACUCGUCCAAAUAUCGAAGAUGCGAUACAUGUAUCAUGCAUUGCGUUGAGACUCGACCAAUCUAUACUCGAAUAGGCCAAUAUUAGACUACCUAGACUCUGUGUUGGCAGGAGUGGUUUUUCCAAACAACAUAGGCAAAAUGACGACAGCUUCGACUCUUCUCGCACAAAAGGCCAAGCUGGCCACGGGGCAGACCAUCCCCCGGAUCCAGCUCGGGCUGUACAUGAUGUCCCGCAGCGAGGCGUCGCGCUCCGUGUGCUGGGCCCUCGAGGCCGGGUACCGCGGCUUCGACUGCGCGCAAAUGUACCGCAACGAGGCCGAGGCGGGCGCGGCGAUCCGCGAGGCCAUUGACGGCAGCGGCGGCAGCAGCAGCAGCAGCAGCAGCAGCAGCAGCAGCAAGCUGACGCGCGAGGACGUCUUUUACACGACCAAGCUGGCCAGCAACAGCGAGUCGUACGACGCGGUGCGCAAGUCCAUCCGCAAGUCGGUCGACGCCUGCGGGCUCGGGUAUGUGGAUCUGUUCCUGCUGCACAGCCCCUACGGAGGACGCGAGGCCAGGCUCACGAGCUGGAGGGCCGUGGAGGAUGCUAUCGACGCGGGCGAGGUGAAGAUGGGCGGUGUGAGCAACUAUGGGGUGCAGCAUAUCGAGGAGCUCAUGGCCUCGAAGCCCCGGCACCACCCUGUCAUCAACCAGAUCGAGGUGCACCCCUUCAACACUCAAAUCUCGAUCCGGGAAGCGUGCGCCAGGCAUAACAUUGUCAUUGAAGCAUAUGCGCCUUUGGCACGAGCUAUGCGGAUGAGGGACCCCACCAUGGUGUCGCUGAGCAAAAAGUACGGCUGCACCGUUGCUCAGCUCUUUGUCAAGUGGUCAUUGCAGCAGGGCUUUGUGACUCUGCCCAAGAGCAGCAAGCGAGAGCGCAUAGUUGAGAACGUGGACGUUGGUGGCUUUGAGAUUUCACAGGAGGACAUGGAGAAGAUGAAUGGACUGGAUGAGAAGCUGGUUACGGAUUGGGAUCCUACCGAUGCGGACUGAUAAACGGCCUGAUCUCAAUCGUUGCCGGGGAUGUGAAUAUAACUUUGGCAAACUGCGGGACUUACCGUGAAAUUCCCAUCAUUCUAGAUUCUACCUUGUG